AUGGCUCUUGUUUCAAUUUCAAUCAGCCUGAUGGGUGAUACUCCACAUUAUCCAUGGCGUGGUUGUCAAUGUCAACGAGGAGGAGAACGUGGUGGUCAUUGCCAUUGUCCAGAUCAUGGAAAGAUGGAAAAUACCUAUUGUCGAUAUGGAGGAAAUCAUUGGAUUUGUUUUCCAUUCAGUCGUCGUCGCUCAAUUUCUUCUGAAGAAAGUCAUGAUCAUGAUCAUGAAUGA